AUGUUUGAUGCUCCACAAUAUGAUGGAGUAAAUGUUUUCUUGCACAGUCCUGGAACCUUUCCCGGGUAUGAAAUCAGUGGUGUAGCAACCAGCUUCGCCGUCCACUUUGGUCAAAUUGCCAGAGUUCAGGUCAAUGGCCUCCAAUCUGUAUCGUCAAACGAGGGCAACAAAAAGUGCUAUGCAUCACCACCACCCUACAGGUAUUCCAGUUUCGGUGGAGAGACAAAAUAUUUGGAAUACCAAUACACCUACGAAGACUGUGUCGCUAAUCGAAAGCAAUCGCAUAUAUUGGAAACCUGUGGUUGCUAUUCAGAUCUUCUCCAAGUUCCACAUAAUCCUGAACCUGAUGAUGACCCACAGGCUACAGGAGUACCAAAAGUUCUAGAUCUUUCAAAGCUGAAAAUUGAAUUCUGCAGAGGUUUACAUUCGAGAACAUCACAACAGGUACACUCUAAUUUCGAAUGUCACGAUAGGCUGAGCAGACUACCAACCUCCAGUGUCCUUGAUGCGUAUAUAAAUCCAGAUCAGUUGUGGGAGUCUAAAAAUAAUCCGGAUAUGAGAAAGAAAUUGCGUCAAGACGUUUGUCCUGUCAAUUGCGAGAAGCACAUGAUGGAUCUUAAUCUCUCAACGUUGGAUUAUGGUACUCCUCUUCACAGGAAGUGGACAGAGAUGUUGGAAAAGGGCAAGGAAGGAGAAAUGAACUUCACAGAAGGGAAGAACAUAGUUAUUAUUGAUAUCCGUUUGCGUUCCGCUCGCGUAGAUACGUGGAAUGAAGAACUAACUAGUUCCCUCUUCUCCUUAAUGGCAAGCAUUGGAGGUACCCUGGGCCUCUGUGCUGGUAUCUCUUUUGUUUCCGCCUUUUUCCUUCUUCUGUUCUUUGGAAAUGCAUUUUAUCACCUCAUACUAUCGGUACUACUAUGGUUUUGGUGGAAUGUAUUCCAAGGGCAACCCGAGGCCAUUCAAACUGAGAAAAUGCUCCUCAAGGAGGAGCGUUUGAAAGAAAAGAAGCAUGGAAAUGGAGAGCCUGAUGCUAUUAUAGGUACUGGGCGUAUGAGAGCUAUUUCAAGAGUGGUGCAAGAAGAACGAAAGAGUGCAGUAUAUGAUACCGGAGUUGCUACGCAGAAGCAAAAUGGUCGAUCUAGGAAUUUAUCGUUACCAGUUGAGCACAGUGAUAGUUUGGGAUUGCAGAGGACCAGUGUCAGACGAAGCCUUAGCCAAUUACCAGAAUCCAUGCCUUCAACAACUUAUAGCGAUUUGGAGGAAACUACCGGACCUGUAACUUCCGCAUAUGGGACAACAAAUAGAGUGAACAGAGGUGACAGCACUAUAGCAUCGCAUGUUAACCGAAUGUUAGCAGAGCUCCUCGUAAAGCCAGAAUCUCGAAACACAUCGAACCAAAGUCUAACUUCCUACAGUAGUACAACUCAAAGUGCCUUUAGCGAUAACAGAAGCUCCGUGAGUAGUAUCGAAAACACAAUAAACCAACGAUCAAAAUCACCUUCGAAGCGUAUUGUUUGGCAACUCGGAAAGGAAGAGGAUAAACGUUAA